CGUGAGUUUCAAAAACCUUCAAUAAUAUUAUCAGAUGUCUUGUUUGAGAUAGAUGAUUGUUUUAUAUUUCAAAAACUUUUACAACAAGCUAAUGAUGAGUAUAAAAGUGAUGAGGUAGUUAAAGUUGAGAUUUGUUGUAUAGGAAGCAAGCAAUAUAAUACUGUUGCAUCAGAGGUUAAAAGAACUUUGCAGUAUUCUAAAUUAGAAUUAUUAAUUGAAGCUAUUGAAAAAUGUAUAUCUCAACCUUGGGCAAGAAGCAAAUCAUGGAAUGAAUUUGUAGAAGAAGUUUUUAAAUUAGUAUCAUGUGUUCAAAAAUAUAUUAAAUAUCUUGAAAGUGUUAAUGAAAAUGACAGUAAUAUUGAAAUUCAAGCAGAAUGUUUUAGCCAAAAUGUCAAAGAAUGUUAUAAUCUAUUAGCUGCAAAAAUGUCUAAAGCAAAUAAUUAUGAAAUUAUUUUGCUUGAUGAAUAUUUACCUGAAAAAAAUAUGUAA